GGAGGUUGGGAAGCUCUGUGGCUUUAAGAACUGGCUUGGUCCCAGAGACGCCAGGCGGCAGAAGUGGGGAAGGUAAAAACUAAAGAGAGAGAGUAGGAGAGGGAGGCGCAGGGGUGAAGGGAGAUGAAAGCUGGAUGGAGGAGUACCAAUAUUUCAUACUCUUCCCUCUUACAAAGUGGGUCGGAACAAACAAAAGGAGAAUGAUUUACUAUCUCCGACCCGGCGGAUUUAAAACGUUCCAGAGUUGGGACCAGCGGAGCUGCACUGAGGGACCUUGAUUCCAGGCAUACAAGAUCCCCUUUCCCUCCUGCUUUCGAAACAGCGCAGUAAAAACUGGGGAUUUAAAUAAGAAUUCUAUCAUUUCUCUCUCUCACUCUCUUUUUCCAUCUCCCCUCAAACCAAACAUUGAUUGGACCUUUCUUUCGUUUCGUCUCGAAUCGGAAAAGGAAUGAUCCCAAAGAAAGAUUCCAGCAAAACGCCGCGGAUUAUAUUUUUCUCGAAGAUUGGACAACUGAUUUUUGAAUCGAUUUCUUGUUUUUGCGAGGCCGGGAGGGUGCUGAGGGGGAAUUAAAAAAAGGCUCACACGCGAUGUUGCUGAUGGGAAUUUAUUUAAUCUUGACACUUAGUGAUGGACUGUCGAAUGUGGAAGGGGCCCACAAUGACUGCUUGCAAGCCAGUGAGACCUGCAUCAAUGACCCCAAGUGUAGCCCCAAGUACAGGACAUUUCGCCAAUGCAUGGCAGGCAGCAGUGCUGCUCCGCUUGGGCCCGGAGCCAAGAACCAGUGCAUGAGUGCUGUCAUGUCACUCCUGUCCAGCCCGCUGCACAACUGCAAGUGCAAACGAGGUAUGAAGAAGGAGAAAAACUGCCUUGGGAUCUUCUGGAGCCUGCAUCAGAGUGUGGCACAAGGUGAAGAAAUUGAUGACAGCUCACCCUAUGAGCCCAGCAAGAGGGGAUAUGACUAUGCCAGACUGGCCUCAAUAACAGCAGGAUCAGACAUUGGCAUCACACGGGCCAACCGCUGCCUGGACGCAGCCAAAGCCUGCAACGUGGACGAGUCCUGCCAGAAGUUACGGACGGAGUAUGUCUCCUCCUGCAUCAAGCGCUCCAGCAAAGCCGAGACCUGCAACCGCCCCAAGUGCCACAAGGCCCUCCGCAAGUUCUUCGACCGCGUACCCGUCGAGUUCACGCACGAGCUACUCUUCUGCCCCUGCGAGGACACCGCGUGUGCGGAGCGCAGAAGGCAAACCAUCGUCCCGUUGUGUUCCUAUUACGUGAAGGAGAAGCAGAACUGCUUGACGUUACUGGAGUCGUGCAAAAUGAAUGUUGUUUGCAGAUCAAGGUUAGCAGAGUUCCAAACGAGCUGUCAGCCUUCCACACAGUCUGUGAGUGGUUGUCUCAGGGAGAACUAUGCUGCCUGUCUACUCUCAUACACGGGCAUUAUAGGUACUGUGGUCACCCCAAACUAUAUCGACAAUUCCAGCUCUAAUGUGGCACCCUGGUGUACCUGCAGUGGCAGUGGAAACCACAGAGAGGACUGUGAGAACUUCCUCAACCUCUUCACAGAUAAUAUAUGCCUCAAGAAUGCAUUUCAAGCAUUUGGAAAUGGGACAGAUCUUAACACAGGCUCCAGUGUUCAACAGUCAACUCUGCCCACAUUGCAGACCCAAAUGGACAAACACUCAAAUGACACAGAACUUUCACACCUGGACGAAAAUAUAUUUGACCCAUCACUAACUACACAGGUCGCUGACGAGAGGUCACUGUGGCGAGAGUCGACACGCUCGGCCUCCGAGGCUUUGGGCCUGGCAGUGGCUGUAGGAAGCCGAGCGGAGCUGGUCUGGGGCGUUCUGUUCGCCUCCUUCCACUUUCACUUUACAAUGUGAACAAUCUCGAGGCUGGAUAGAUCCACCUCUCUCUCUGUCCCUCUCGCUCUCUCCACGCUGACACAAACACCAAUUGUAUAUUAAACGUCAUCCAGCUCUCUCCCUGGCCGGGGAAAGAUUUUAACACGAGGGACACUUCAGAUUUUACGCCGUCCAAGCGCCAUUUCGUUUCCUCUACCGGAAACGGAGGAAUACCGGAAACAGUUCUUCCGGGGUGGGGGAGGGGAAGAAAUUCUGCAACGCACACCUCAACCGUUUAAGGGGGGGGAGGGGGAACACAUUUCGCGACGCGCACUUCCGGCAGGUAGGCUACAGUUACCAAGGAGACCGUGGUAUCAGGUGAUAACAUUGUUAAUGAAAAUAAAACUACACACGCACCACCAGUCCCCCCUCAAACAAUAGCAAGGAUGGAUCCUGGAGAACUUUCAAUGUGUGACCACGCAGCCUUCUGAGUGUAAGGACGUUUAUCUGUAGAAACGGUAGUACCUAAGUGACCAGUUUAAAGUUCACGCUAACUUUACCUAUCCGAAUGGGGAAGGAAACUGUGGCCCCAGCAGGACAUCCCAAAGCUUUCUUCCUAUCGUUUACUUUUCGUAGAUAUUUAAUUCACCGCCAUUGUUAUUUUGUUUAGAAAAGCUAAGCUUACGUACCUAUUUUGAGAUGUUCAAGGUCGAUCGCUAUCUCCAUAUAAUGUAAAAUAUACGCUGCGGAUUCAAAAACUGGCGAUUCCUCGUCAAAUAUUCCACAAAUCCUUAAUGUAAGGGCAGUUUGGUGCAUUUGGAGUUCACAAAUUACCAUUCGGUUCCUCUGCUUGUGGCCAUCAAGCAGUUCUCAGUACCACAGGAAACUGAGGGAGAAAUAAAUUCCAGUAUUUCAGACUUUAGUCGAUAUUAGCAAACGCUUGGUGAUCCUCUGCGAAACUAGAGACAUCUCUUCAGGAAAUCCCAACUCUCUCCUCCCCAGUACUCACUUCUUAAAGGAAGCUUCAUCUUCUUAAAGGAAAAUAUGCAGUCAUUUUAGACUUUUAAACACCCAUUUACAGCAGAAAAGAGAAGCUUGCAUUUAUGUAACACCUUUCACAAACUUAGAAUGGCCAAAUGUGCAUGGCAGGCAAGUGAUCUGAGGUGUGGUCAUUGUUACAGUUUAAGAAAUACAACAGCCAAGGGGUGCACAUCAGAAGUUUUAUGAACAUCUGUAGAAUCCCUACAUUGUGGAAAUAGGCCUUUUGGGCCAACCAGUCUGCACCGACCCUCAGAGCAUCCUGCCCAGGCCCAUCCCCCUAAAACCCACCUAAUCUAUACAUCUCUGAACACAAUGAGCAAUUUAGCAUGGCCGAUCCACCUACCCUGCACAUCCUCAGACUGUGGGAGGAAACUGAAGCACUUGGACGAAGUCCACACAGACACGGGUAGAAUGUGCAAACUCCACACAGACCCGAGUGUGGAAUCGAACUUAUGUCCCUGGUGCUAUGAGGCAGCAGUGCUAACCACUGAGCCACCGUACUGCCCUGAAGAGGUAAAUAUUGAGAAGGACACAGGUUAAUUCACUUGUGCUUUGAAAUAGUCCCAUGAGAAUUCAGAUUAGGCCUCAAUGGCACUUCAAAAUGUUGUUUUUUCCAGUACUGCAUCAGACUGUCAGCUUGGGUUUUUGUGCUGAAGGUUCUGACGUGGGCCAUGAGCCAGUACUGUCUGAUUUAGAGUAAGGCUGCUGAGCCACAGCACAUACCAGACAGAAAUUUAGUCAUAAUUUUUGACAAUUUCUUUUUGGCCUAGCACUGCUGAACAGAAAUCUUAGUUUUCAUAGGUUGUGUUGAAACCCCAUUAAAGUUCACAAAUUCCGAACACGAAAGCUAAGAUGUAAAGGCCCUGUAUUUUCCGAGGUGGUUGAAGAGGAAUUAUGUCAUUAUUGCAAGAUAAUAUUUGAUGUUUUAUCAUUACCUUGCAUUCCUUUUAUAUAAAUUGUUUUAUACUGUGGACUUUUUCUUCUUUAUUCAUUCACGGGAGGAGGAAGUUGCCUAAGGCAGCGUUUAUUGCCCAUCCCCAAUUGCCCAGAGGGCAUUUGAGAGUCAACCACAUUGCUGUGGGUUUGGAGUCUCAUGUAGGCCAGAGUGGAUGGCAUUUUCCUUCCCUGAAGGACAUUAAUAAACCUGAUGGGUUUUUCAACAAUCGGCAACGGAUUCAUAGUCAUCACUAGAUCUUUAAUUCCACAUUGAAUUUAAAUUCCACCAUCUGCUGUGGCAGCAUUUGAACCCAGAAGGUUAUUUUGGUCUCUGGAUUAACAGACCAGCAAUAAUGGCACUAGGUCAUCACCUCCCCUAAAUAUUCAUUGUUGAAAAAUUCCAAUAUUACUGCAUUUUAAUAUGAAGACUUUGAUAAAUGCAUGGUCUAGGUAUAUAACAAAAACUCCUCACUGACCUACAUUGUUUCUUGGCCUAAUAAUACCUCAGAUAUAAAAUUCAUAUCCUUUCAUUCAAGGUCUAUUCAUAACCCUAGCCUUUCAGAUCCUGUAACCUUCAAUCCUCCAAGAACUGGUUUUCGGACCUCUCCUGCAGUCAACAUUGUUGCCAUCUUAACUGUCUAGGCUGUAGGAUAUGCAUUAAACCCUCCCUCUUUGACUCAGCUACUUUCUGCUUUCACAGCUCCACUUUCAAACAACAUUUGGAUGUUUUGCUGCAUAAAAGGCACUAUAUUUGAACAGUUCCCAUAGCUUACCCUUAUUCAUGGUGACCCAAGAAGAAUGUUUUGACUUCCCCAGAUAUCUGGGUAAGUUUGAGCUAUCAUUUGGAAAAUCAUCUGCAGUCGUAAAUUAUGUGACCACUUUUAUUCUGCUAGACCUCUUGUGUACAGUUAUUCUAUUUCAGCUAUUUUUAUUUAAUAAAUAUAGAGUGCUUAAUAAAUGCUUUGGGAUGUCCUGAGGCUGUAAAUGGCACAAUAUAAAUGUAAUUUAUUUCUUUACUUCUGUUCUGGCUGAAAUCACAACUGCUCUUGGGAGCAAUCCUGUAACCUACCUGGUCCAUAUGAAUCUGGAUCACAUGUACAUCAAUGCAACUCACCUAACCAUCAGAGGAGCCUCCUGUCUAUUUUUAUUGUAAUUUGCAUUGUUUGUGCAUUGCUUUCACCUUCAUCCCAAAGGUUUAGCCUUAAUCUGUGUUUUUAUUUUAAACAAAAUUGAUUUAUUAACAUUAUGCUUUUGAUAAUACUUAAACAGUGUGUUUUGGGCCAGUUUAAUAAACGUUGAAUCUUAGUUCAAAAUCCUGGAACACCUUACCCGAAAGUAUUAUGGCAGCAUCAUCAGCCAAUGGACUGCAUCAGUUAAGAAAGCCUGCUACCAUCCUUUCCAGGGAACAAGCAACAGUAAUCCUAGUACUGCAUUGAAUUUCUCACUAUAUUCAGUCAUUGAAGGAGAGAUGAACUUAAAUCUCAUAGAAACCUUACAGUGUGAAAGCAGUCCAUUUGGCCCUUUGAGUCCACACUCAAAGGGUGGGUCUAAUGGUCUGAUGGACUGACCCUCCAAAGAGCAUCACACCUUGAGCCUUUCCCCUUCUGUAUCCCUGAACCUAACCUACAAUCUCUGAAUACCUUGAGUAAUUUAGCUUGGCCAAUCCAUCUUAGUUGCACAUCUUUGGACUGUGGGAGGAAACUGGAGCAUCUGGCAGAGAAACCCACACAGACACAGGGAGAACGUGCAAACUCCACACAAUCGCCCAGAGUUGGAACUGAACCUGGGUCCCUCGCGCUGUGAGGCAGCAGUGCUAAUAAUUGAUCCACUGAGCCACUUUACCUAACAUCAGAGUAUAGGAUCACUCAGGACAUGAAGAAUUUCUUCUCUGAGUAAUGAAUCUGUGGAAUCUCAUUGCAGAGGGCUGUAGAUACUGGCAUGUUAAAUAUGACCAAGGCUGAGAGAUUUUUAAUCAGUAAGGCAUUCAAACAUUACAGGGAAAAGGCAGGAAUGUAGAGUUGAGGAUUACUUGAUCAGUCAUGAUCUCAUUGAAUGACAGUGCAAACUCAAUGUAGAUCUUCAGACAGCACCCUCCAGCCCACAACCACUUCUAUCUACAAGAAUAAGGGCAGCAGAUACACGGGAACCACCACCUCUAAGUUCCCCUGCAAGCCACUCACCAUCCUGACUUGGAAAUAAAUUGCAAUUUCUUUAGUAUUGCUGGGUCAAUAUCCUGGAAUUCCCUCCCUAAUGGAAUUCUGGGUCUGCCUACAGCACGUGGACUGCAGCAGUUUAAGGAGGCAACUCAUCACGCCUUAAAGGUAAUUAAGGACAGGCAAUUAAUUUUGGCUCAGUUGGUGGCAUCUAGGUCCCACGAGAUAAUUUUUUAAAAAUAGGCAGAAUGGUCUUCUUCUGUUACUAUGUCUUAUGGUCUUACGUAGUGCUGAGCAAUCAGUCCUGUCAGCCAGUCAAGAGAAAUAAGGUAGAAUAGUGAUAUGUUAUGUUGAUGCCCCAAUCCACUUCUUUUUAACCACUUUUUAAAUCAUACAUUUUAAGUGACAGUGUACAGGAAUGGCCAUUUUGAGCCUUAUUCUUCCUGGAGUGUCCCCAUGGUUUCAGAGUUUAAGCAAGGGACCUUUUACACGGUACAAACUUUAGCAACUCAUAGCAAUAGCUGGAGUAAAGAAACGGCCUUUGGAAAUCCCCAAAGCCAUGUCCAAAAAGCCAGGUUUUGAAUGUGUUUGGAGGUAAGAUGUAUCAAGGCAGUGGAUUUUAGAAAAAUUGUUUCAGAAUCUAGGAUUACAAUGACUGAGAUAUUGGAGGAGAUUGUGGAAGACAAGAAAUAACAGAAAGCAAGGUGUAGAUCUGGAUGAACACAGCAAGCCAAGCAGUAUCAGAGGAGCAGGAAG